ACACUUGGCUAGAUACACCUUUUUAAAAUGAGAAUAAAACCUUUUAAAAGUUGGAUUUGUAAAACCAAAUGUGUACAUUUAUAUUAUCAUUAUUCCCAGCUAUCUCAUGUUAUUAUCUGAUUGGUUACAUGAGCAUGUUCACUUUUUUCCAUGACUAUUUUAAGCCCAUUAAGGCAGAGACUUUAAUAGUAUAGUCUAUUACCUGUAAUAGUAGCCCCAACAAAAUGUAUCAUGGCUCCAAGCACACAUAAGGGCAUGAAAACAUCUUGCUGAUUUGGAUGUUUGACAAACUAUAAUAUUUUACUACAUUUGAGGCUGUGUAUAACUUAUUGCUAAGGCAACAGAGUCUUCUGGUGUCUUUUUUUGUGGGCUCUUGGAGUUGACUGUAGUAGUCUAGCUGUCAGUGUGUUGAAUAAUGGCUCCAAUGCACUUUUGAAACUCUUAAAUCUGGUGACAGCUUAGAUCAUGAGUGGUACAGAGCCAGUCAGUGAAGGGUUCCACCAUUGUCAGCUGUGUUCCCAUCAUAUGUUCGUUAUCGUGUCCCUGGUAUUAGCACACGAUUUGUGUUAUAGGAAGUGCUCAAUGAAUGUUUGAUGAGAUAAGGAUCUGAAUCUGUUGAUUCAGUUUGAACUCAGUGAUAGCCAGUUACUAGUUUGGCAUCCUGAUAGGACAGUUGUUUUUACCCCAAAGGGGAAAACUGUGACCAAAUUUAGCAAAGGUCAGUGUUGCCUCCUACUUACGUAAAGAACCAUUUUGUUCUCCCCUGCAAUCUAGCAAAUCCUCUUGUAUUGAAUUAGGUACUCUUGGUUCCAACUGAUUUAUUCAUUCUUUCUUUCAAGAGAGCUGGUAUAUUCUAUGCAUUGAGGUAUGGCUCUGAAUGGAAAAGAGAUCACUGAAGAAGAUGAGUGACUCGAUCCAUUCAAUUUAGUACACAUUUAAAGGCCUAUUGCACAUGUUGCUUUGGGAGCAUAAGGGAUACAAGCAAAGAUGAAAACAUGGCUCUUGAUUUCAUGGAGCUAGCUUCACUGUGCACAUGGAAGGUCACUCCCGGGGAGGCCUAGAAAAUUCUCCAUAAGUUGGGCUUAGGGGCUUCAGUCUGGCUAGGAGUUGGCUAGGGGACUUGAGUCUAUCUUUGCAUAGAAUACACUGUUUAAUCUAGAUUGUAUAUUUAAGGAUGUAUAUUUGGAGAAGGAGGCUGGUAGAGAUUAUUGGGAAGCAGGGUAAAGUUACCCAGAUAUAUGAAGACCCCAGGGAACUAUCCUAAAACAUGUAUGUGAGGGCAGGAUACACCAAGUAUCGGCACAAGAGGUUGAAGAAAGGAACAUUGCCUGAAAGGGUGAUUUGAAGAAUUCUUUUUGUAGAAGUUACACUUCUGGUUGUUCCAGAGAGAGGUGCAGAGGACUGCACAGGCAUGGAGGGGAGCAGGGUGGAUGGAAGGCCUGUGAUCACAGAAUUUUGAUCAGUUUUGGAGGGCCCUCCAAUGAACCUAAGAACAACUUUCUCUUCAUUUUCUUCAGGUGAAGAGUUGUUCAAACAUGUUACGCUAGAGAAAAAUAACUUUGCCCUGCUAGAAUGUGUCCUGCCUUGUGAAAAGAUUAUGUGUAAUUUUACCCGAUCUUAAUGGACGUAAAAAAAGAUAAGUUACUGUUUUUUGGGGAAUGUCUGUGUAUCUCUAGGGCACAAUGUCUGACAUAUAGAAUGUGUUUAACAAAUGUUUGACAACCUGAACUGAUCUGAGACAAAUUAACUUUUUGCAGGUCAUUUAAGUUUCAUGUCAGAGCAUUUAAAGGCUUCUUUUUUUCCUUCAAAAAUUAGAAACAACAUUUAUUGUUUCUUGUUAAAAUGUGGUGCUCUCAUGAGAAAAGAGUGUGCAAAAAGAGCCUUCCUUCACCCUGGGUUUUCUCACUUAUCCCAGCAGGCUGGGACUGUCCUCACUGUGUAGGAGGGAAAGUUUUUCACCUGCUCCUGGGAAAUUAGGCUACUCUACUGUAGUUUUACUUUUGAUUACUUGCAUAUGUAAAAAAAAAAAAAAAAAAAAAAAAAAAAAAACAAAAGGCAAAAUCCAACAGCUAAUGGGUUAUCUCUCCCUAGGCAUAUAAGCCCAGUCCACUUGGAUACAGAUGUGGGGCUCAAGUCCAAAUUCCCAUGUGCAGCCCAGGAUUAGGUGGUACUUUGGAAAUCAAGUGGGUGUUCCUGGCUAGGGAUUGAAGACGAUCUCAGCCCCUGGUCAGCUGGUUGAAAACAUCCAAAGUGCCUCCAGUGAGAAGCUGAGAUUACCUCUUUAAUGAGAAACACUUUGGGUGAGGUAGGGCCCACCGUCAACUGGUAGGCAGCAUUCUUGCCACAGGUAGUAUCUGGUCUAGAAACUACUAGAUCUCCAAAUCCUCUUAAGGUCCCUUACAUUGACAAGAAUGAAUUCAAGUUUCGAAAUGACACACCAAGUUAUAUAAGGUAGAGGAUGUCAUUAAGGCAAUAGUCUCACCAAGUCCAUGCACAGAGCUCUGAUCCUACCGUCACCCUCCCCUCACUCUCCAAGUCUGCUUAGUUCUGCCCACUACUCUUCCUUCUCAGUGACAGUUCCAGCAUCCAGAAGUCUUGAGCAGCCUUCAGCCUUACAAGUUGGGGGUGGCCUAAUUCAGAAACUUCAGGGCAACUUCAAGGCCAAGGAAACAGGCCACAUUGGUUGGGAAGGCUUGGUUCAUCACUGCAUCAGACCCUUUAGACAAGGAUGUGAUUCCUUCAUCCCAGAUGAGCUCCCUCAGCACAUCUCCAAAACCAUUAGGAUAUUUCCCAGGAGGUGCAGUCUGGAAGUGAGACUUGAGCACAUCUUGGGGGAUUGCCACAGCCCAGUUGAAGAUCCCUUCCAUGCAAUGCCCCCAGCCACCAGGAUUCAAGGCGCACUGAGCUCACGGACCCUCUUUCCUUCAGGAGUGAAGAUAUUUUUUAGCCAUUUAUAUGUUAUGAAUUACAUUCCACUAGCUGGAACAUCUCACAUAAGGGUAAGCAUGGUCUCUUUGUAGAUGCCUCGGAUCCCAAACUCCUGGUACAGCUUCUUUGCACAGUCCAAGGUUCCAAUGUACUUGGUUUCCCCUGAAGAAGCCUGAAACCGUAACCAGCACUUGAUGGGUGCUCCAGGGGUCACGAUGCCUGUGGUGAAUGUACCAGAUAACAUACCAGCUGCAAACAGCUGGGGAUAGCUGAGCACAUCCUCUGGGUGUUUCUGUCAUAGUUUCUUCCUUUAACCAAACCCAAAGAAGCACACAGCAAACAUGGGGGUGACACCGAUGAUAGGGGCAGCCAUUCACUGAUAUAGCCCCGUGAUGCCCCUUCUAAGAGUCUUUGGGAGACAGUCCAAGGUCCCAGAGUACAUGGGAGGCUGUCUAGGCAAACUCGGUAGCUGUCUGCAGUCGGACCUUGACGGUGUCCAGAGGGUGCCCCAUGAACAGCAGGCACAUGCCACCAAAGCUGCUGGCCAGCAGGUUCUUGAGCAGGCUGAUGGGCUUCGGCUGAUCAGCCAUGGUCAGUCUGCCUAUCUCUGAGUCUGUCAGUUCCUGGGCCGUCCUGGCUCUGCUGCCCCAGCUGCAGCGCCAGGGCCGCCAGUCUUGCAUUUAAAGGCUUCUGCUUGCUAAUUCAUUUUGGUUAAAAAAAAAAAUCAUUCUCAGAGAUAGCCAAGGUAAUGGGCAUUUAUGUGUUGUAUAAAUGUGAUAUUAUAUAUAUGUAUAUAUUUGUCCAUGGCUCCUGGUUCAUAACUCCCACAGCCCUCAUUAUAUCCCAAGUGAUAAAAAUGAUAAGCAUAUCUUUCAUUGGGGUAUUUAGCUUUUUUGUCUUUGGUUACUGAAGCAGCUUCAGACAACUUCAGAGCAAUAAAGGUGAAAAAGACAGUCUUUUAUUGUAAUGUUGGAGCACUUUAGGCCUAAGAAAUAGGUCUCAGAAAAAAGAAUCUCCCUCUCUGAACUUUUGCCCACCUUUUUUCCCCAAGACAAUAGAAACGGAAAAUAUCUCCUCAUCUAACAUCACUCCCACACCUUUUGUCUUGGGGCUGGUCAUAAAGAAAUUCUUUGACUUACCUUGUCUAAUCAUAGGCCAUAAGACCCUCAAUUCAGGAAGGGUCCUCCCCUCUACCCAGGAGGAAGGAAUGCUGUUCAGAGAGGCCAAGAAGAAUCUGAACAGACAGGCCUGGCUGGGUUUCCUCAUUCAACCUAUUAAUAUCAGGUUAUACCCUUUUUAUCCAAUCACAUUUGUUUACAGUUUUCCAUGUUGUAAUCAUGUCUGCCCAAUGAAGAUUCCAUAAAAGGCCCAAGAAGAUGGGAUACAAAGAGUCUUUGGACCUUUGAACUUGUGGAGGCUCUAAGAAAGGUGAACAGUAGCUUAUCCCUGUGCUGGGAGGGUAGUGCACCCCAGCUCCAUGGGAAGGAACACUUUCGCGCUUGCGACCCUUUCAAACCUUGCUCUAUGUACCUUUUCAUCUGGCUGUUGUCUUGUAUCCUUAAAAAUAUCCUUUGGAAUGUACUGGUAAAUAUAAAUUAGUGUUCCCUAAGUUUUGUGAGCUGUUCUAACAAAUUAAUCAAGCCUAACCAAACUCAAGAAGUUUGUGGAACCUCAACUUGAGGCCAGUCAGUCAGAAGUCCCAGAGCCUUGGACCUGUGACUGGUGCUUAAAGUGGGAGCAGUUUUGUGGGAGCCCUCAGCCUGUGGAAUCUGACUCUGCCUACCUGGAGAUAACGUCAUAAUUGAAUUGGAUUAGAAGAUGCUUCGCUGGCGUUGGAUGCAGAAUUGAUUACUUGCUGGUUGAUGGAGAUAAAUCCCCACAUAUAUGGUCAUGGAAGUCUUUUGCAUUGCUGGUAGUGGUGUGAGAGCAGAGGAAAACAGUUUGUUUUUUCAACACAAUGAAUAAUGAUUAUUUAUUAAGCACCAGUAGGAGUCUAACCAUGGGGUUAAAAAAUAAUUGUUCAGGGAGAUAACAAAACUACCAGGGUAUAUCAUUUCUGAAUCUUUCACUGAUGUUAUUUCAUUUCUUUAGUUUUGUUUUCCCGUUCAUAAAAUGGAGGUAAAGAUAGUUUAGUACCAAGGCUCCUCUAAGGAUGAGAUUUCUCCCAUUUAAAUCACGAUUUAUAUUGCAUGACUAGAAAGUAGAACAUAUGGUCCGUGACAAGGGUGUUGGCAAUUUGUGGGAGAACAAAAAAGAUUUGAUAACAAUUUCUAACUUGGUUCAUCUCUGUAGUAAAUUAAAAAUGUUGCUCUGAUUUGUGGGCACUGGGGGUGGAAGUAGGGUAGAAGGAAAGAAAAAUUUGGUCCUUUUCCUGUCAUCCCUUUCUUUAGGGUCCCCUUUUGUUCCCCUUCGGGAAAUGGAAUAAAAAAAAAAAACCCUGCAUUCGUCAGUAACUCUGGGUCAACCACAACUUAAAGACAGUAAGCAGGUCAAUCAAAACAGGGGCAAUGAUUGCUAUAAAACUAACAGGUACUCUCAUUGAUAGAACACAGGCAUACACAGGAAGAUACAUUCACAGAAAGAACUUCCUGCACAAAGCAAGCCACCAGCGCAACAUGACAGUGAAGACCCUGCAUGGCCCAGUCAUGGUCAAAUACUUGCUGCUGUUGAUAUCGGGGCUUGCCUUUCUGAACGAGGUGGCAGCUAGGAAAAUCCCCAAAGUAGGACAUACUUUUUUCCAAAAGCCUGAGAGUUGCCCGCCUGUGACAGAAGGUAGUAUGAAGCUUGACACUGGCAUCAUCAAUGAAAACCAGCGUGUUUCCAUGUCACGUAACAUCGAGAGCCGCUCCACCUCCCCCUGGAAUUACACUGUCACUUGGGACCCCAACCGGUACCCCUCGGAAGUUGUACAGGCCCAGUGUAAGCACCUGGGCUGCAUCAAUGCUCAAGGAAAGGAAGACAUCUCCAUGAAUUCCGUUCCCAUCCAGCAAGAGACCCUGGUCCUCCGGAGGAAGCACCAAGGCUGCUCUGUUUCUUUCCAGUUGGAGAAGGUGCUGGUGACUGUUGGCUGCACCUGCGUCACCCCCGUCGUCCACCAUGUGCAGUAAGAGUUGCACAUCCACUCAGCUGAAGAAGCUGUAGAAAUGUCACUCCUUACCCAGUGCUCUACAACCAGUCCUGUCUGAUCCCCAAUUCCCUCCAUUUCACAGGACUCUUAAUAAGACCUACAUGGAUGGAAACAGAAAAUAUUCACAAUGUAUGUGUGUAUGUACUAAAUUUUAUAUUUGAUAUCUAAAAUGUUAGGAGAAAAAUUAAUAUAUUCAGUGCUAAUGUAAUAAAGUAUUAAUGAUUGAAAAAUA